AUGCCCUCCGUCGCAGCUUCCAAAAAGUCAGCCAAGAAAGUAUCCAAAGCAGCCAAACCGGUCAAGAAACCUGCAGAGGUGGGCUCCAAGAGUUACAAAGAACUCAUCACUGAAGGUUUGGUAGAAUUGAAAGAUCGCAAAGGAGCAAGCCGUCUCGCAUUAAAGAAAUUUAUCAAGGCUAAGUACCCCAAGAGCGGAUCCUCCGCCGGCUUUGACCUUCAUUUUAACAAUGCCGUCAAGAAGGGCGUCGAAUCCGGUGACUUUGAGCAGCCAAAGGGACCCUCCGGUCCACUGAAAUUAUGCAAAAAGACGACUGACAAGCCUGCUACCACGAAAAGGUCGACAUCACCUGCAGAAAAGAAGGUCGUCAAGAAGCCCUCCCCGCCCGCUCUCAGCUACAAGGAAAUGAUCACCCAGGCGAUCCUGGAAUUGAACCACGGAAAGGGUUCUAGUCGCCCGGCGCUAAAAAAAUACGUGAAAGACCACAACCCUUCCACCACCAAGGCAAACUCGAAUUUUGACCAUCUUUUCAACAUGGCUUUGAAAAAGGGCGUCGGUCUUGGCGAGUUCGCCCAGCCCAAGGGACCCUCCGGUAUAGUUAAAAUUAAUCCCAAGAAAAAGAAUAUGCUCCUUACUUCCAAAAAGGCUGUCUAA